AUGGGCCGAAAACUGCGUACAACGUUUCAUGCCUUCGUCCCUACCGGUGCGCAGCCCGCGCAGACUUCUCCAGUUUCUCGCAGCAAGCUCUCCAUCGGAACACCUGUCUUCGUUCGUGAUUAUCGAGCGGGGUUCCCAGACUGGAUUGAAGCAACCGUAGUAUCGCACAGAGGCAGUAUGUUGUUUGACGUCGACGUUGGUGAUGACAUCUGGGUUCGCCACCUUAACCAGAUCCGACGGCGACAUUGCAGUAACACAAAUGGGCUCGAUUCGGCGCCGUCACUCUCUCUCGACAUCCUACUGGAUACCUUCGCCAUUCCGGCAGAUCAGUCGGUUCCCGAACCCACUUCUGCGUCCCCUUCGGAUAUACCAUCUUCGGUAUCAGUUACCGCUCCCGUAUCUCCAGGCAUUAAACCACGACUAAGACGCCGGACCAACCGCAUGCGCCGAUCAACACGUCUGAUGCAGGUCAACCCACGCCAGAAGCGGUACUGA